AACAAACAAAUAAAGAAGUAUUUAUUGCCCCACCGGAGCCACCUCAAUUAUGUAUUCCUUUCUAGGCAAAAACUAUAUGAAAUUAUUAUAUUGUCUUUUCACACACGCGACAAUGAAAUUGAUAUCCCCAUUAUUUUAACCAUUUAAUUAAAUAACCAGCUAAUAUAUAUUUGAGCUUCAAUUAAAUUUUUUCACUUCUGUGGCCGUCGGUCUCGGACUGCUCAUUCUAUCACCUCUCUCUCGUUCAUUCUGUUUCCGUCUCUCUCUUUCUUUCAUAUGAAAAAAUAUGACAACAAAUAAACAAGUUCAUAUUAUUGCACCAUCAACAGAUUCACAGCCAGGGCCCGAGUGUUGCAUGUGUGGAGAUUUUGGUCUCUCUAAUGAGCUUUUCCACUGCAAGCUUUGCCAAUUCAGAUCUCAACACAGAUACUGUAGCAAUCUGUACCCGAAAGCUGAAACAUACGAAAUAUGCAAUUGGUGUUUGAGCCAAAAGGAUGACAAAGAAAAGUCACAGAAUUCUUCAAAUUCUUCAUCAAGUAACAAAGCAAACAGCGAAGAUAGCAAGAACAAGAGAAGGAAUAGCAACAGUGAGAAUCAUGGAGGUCUAAAAGCAAGCCAAAGAAGCAAUUCGCAAUUACAAAUAAAAAAGCCCAUAAAUAAACAAAUAUCACCAGAGAGAUCGCCAUCGACUCGAAAAAGGAUCAUAACAAAUGGAGCUUUGGAAGAGAAGCUGAGGAGAACAAGGUCAGAGGAGAUAUCAAAUAAAGAAAUAACCAAACCAGUGUAUAGGAAUAAGGUCAGGAGAUAUAAGCUUUUGGAUGAGGUUUCAAGCUAAAAUGCAUACCUAUCUACUUGCAUCAUCAUGCACACAUGCUUAUGGUUUUUGUUUUGUUGUGAGCAUUUUUCAUCCCAAAAUAUUUACAUACAGUCAGGUUAAACUUACGCAAUAACCUGACUGACACCAUCGUGAUUGUGACUCCUCCCUUCUAAACAUAAUGUCGCCACAAAUUUGGAACAAAAGUUGAAUAUAUUUGCAGUCUAAUAAUGUUUAUUAUGAUAUAUAUGGUUCCUAAUUACA